AUGGUGCCGAUCUCUCAGGCAAAGAAGCAGGGCGCCCAGGAGGCCGUCAACUCUACACGAAAGGGCGGCGCUGUCAUCGCCUCAUUCCACAUUGGGGCUCUAAUUGGCGCCCUCUCCUGCCUCUUCCUGGAAGAUCGGCUUGGGAGACGGAAAACCAUUUCCCUGGCCGCAAUUUUGACCAUCAUCGGGGAGGUUCUGCAGGUAUCGGCAUACAACGUGAUCCAGUUCGUUGUUGGCCGCGUCAUUCUGGGAAUCGGUGUCGGACAGAUCAGUGUUGCCAUCCCUGUAUGGCAGGCAGAAUGCUCAUCGGCGGCGCACCGAGGACACGAUGUCAUCACUGCGGGUAUCUUCAUGUGCCUCGGCUAUGCCCUGUGCGGCUGGAUCGACUUUGGCUUCACCUUCAUUCGCAACUCAACCCUCGAAUGGCGAUUGCCCCUGGCUCUGUCCCUCAUCCUUUCCCUCACGGUCGCCUCCGUGAUCUUCUGCCUGCCGGAAUCUCCGCGCUGGCUUGUUCGCGUGAACAAGGUCAAACAGGCUACUCGGAACCUAGCUGCACUAAAAGACUUCCCCGAAGACGACGAAGCUAUUCGGACGGAGAUUGCUCAAAUUAAGUCAUCGCUCGAGUUCGCCACGGCCCGCAAUAACUCGCUUAUGGAGAUGUUCUCCAAACACGACGACGAGAGACUGUUCUAUCGUUUCUGUCUUUGUUUCGCGCUCCAGUUCUUCCAGCAGAUGUGCGGUGGAAAUCUGAUCUCCGUCUGCAAGCAAUUCCAGAGACCAAUCAUCGUUUUACAGCGCCCUUUGGGGAGAGGUCUAGCUGGGCCUGAGGCUUCUAGAAGUACGCAUCGACAAUCUUCCAACAAAACCUAA